AGAAAAAAGAAAUUAUGGCAAAUAGAGUUGCAGAGCUUGUACUCAUCCCUGCACCAGUACUUGGUCAUAUCAUAUCGAUAAUCGAGAUGGCAAAAGUACUCGUGAAUCGAGAUCAACAGGUUUCGAUAAUUGUCCUAGUCAUAAAACCGCCUUCUGGCUCGAAAUCUGGCUCAUCAGCUAUUACCACCUAUAUCGAAUCAUUGGCUAAUAACGAACGUAUACGUUUCAUUGAACUUCCUCAAGACGAAAUCCUACCAAACCGUGACCCAAAAGCACCUAUGACUUUUGUCAAUGAUUUCAUAAACAGUCAUUGCAAAUAUGUUAGAAAAAUUGUAUCCGAAAUGAUAAGCCAAACUGGCUGUGGUCGGGUUGCAGGGUUCGUUAUUGAUAUGCUGUGCACCGGAAUGAUGGAUGUGGCUAAUGAGUUCAAUGUUCCAACUUAUGUGUUCUUCACUUCUAAUGCUGCUUAUCUUGGCUUUGAGCAUUACAUUCAAACUUUGUGUGAUGAUAGGAAUCAAGAUCAUGUAAUUGAGUUAUGCAACUCAGAUACAGAAAUACUGAUUCCUAGCUUUUCCAAGGCGGUACCAACGAAGAUCUUUCCUUCGGGGUUUGACACCAAAGAAGGGUUGGACUAUGCUCUGUUGGUUUCAAAGAAAAUGAAAAAGGCGAAAGCAAUCAUGGUUAAUACAUUCUUGGAAUUGGAAACACACGCAAUCAAGUCGUUGUCAGCUGACACUAGCAUACCCCGUGUGUAUCCGGUUGGGCCCAUACUCAACCUGGAAGGUGGACUGGGGAACUUGAACAAUGAUGUCAUAAGCUGGUUGGACGGUCAACCGUCUUCUUCAGUGGUGUUUUUGUGUUUUGGAAGUUUGGGAAGUUUUAAUGAGGAUCAAGUGAAACAUAUUGCAAAUGCUUUGGAGCAAAGUGGACACCGGUUCGUGUGGUCCCUACGGAGACCUCCUUUAUCAGAGGGGGCAUCAAGAGCUCCCUCAGAUUACGAGGAUCCAGGAGUGGUAUUGCCAGAAGGUUUUCUGGAACGCACUGCUGGAAUAGGGAAAGUGAUUGGGUGGGCCCCACAAGUGGAUGUUUUGGCUCAUAGGGCAGUUGGAGGAUUUGUGUCACAUUGUGGGUGGAACUCGAUAUUGGAGAGUUUAUGGUUUGGUUUACCAUUGGCAACAUGGCCAAUUUACGCCGAGCAGCAGAUGAAUGCAUUUGAAAUGGUGGUGGAGUUGGGGCUGGCUGUUGAGAUUAAAAUGGAUCAUAAGAAGGAUUUGUUUAAUCAAGAGAGCGAUAUUGUUAGCGCAGAGGAGAUAGUGAGCGGAAUAAAACAGUUGAUGGAGAAUGAGAGGGUUAGACAUAAAAUGACAGAGAUGGGCUUAGUAAGUAGAGCCACAGUGAGGGAGGGAGGUUCAUCCUACACUUCUGUUGGUCUUCUCAUUCAGGAAUUUAAAAGUAACAUCUCCUGAGUUUGAUCA